UGUGACUGUGAGCUCAACACACUGUCCUGCUCCAUGUCUCCAGGCUGAUGGACACCCAGGAUCAGACAUCUUCAGUGGGGACAGGACCGCUGUCCAGGAUGUCCCACAUGAUGCGCCCUGGGAGGAGCAGUGUUGGCCCUGCAGAGUCCAGCCCCAGCAGCCAGAGGACAGAGGAGAACACAAGGAGCAGUGAUGGUCGGUCGGCCCUGGCUGCUCAAAACAUGAACAACUGCAACAACAAUGACGGUAAAAAAGAUGGCAAGACAGAGGAGCCCAAAAAGGACGACAAGAAAGAAGAUAAGAAAGACGACAAGAAAGAUGACAAAAAAGAUGACAAGAAAGACGACAAGAAAGAUGACAAGAAAGAUGCCAAAAAGGAUGAUAAAAAGGAAGAACCAAAGGAGGUGUGGAUCAUGGACCCCGCCACAGAUAUGUACUAUUACUGGCUGUGGACGAUAUCCAUCCCGGUGUUCUACAACCUGAUGUUACUGGUGGCCAGGUCUUGUUUUAAUGAGCUGCAGUAUCAGAAUACGACAAUGUGGAUAGUUUUGGACUACACUUCAGAUCUCCUCUACCUGAUGGACACCUUUGUUAGAUUCAGGACAGGUUUCCUGGAGCAAGGUCUUCUUGUAAGGGAUGAAAAGAUCCUGAAAGAAAGGUACAUGAAGACACGCCAGUUCCGAUUAGACGUCAUAUCGUUGAUUCCCACGGAUAUCGUAUUCCUCUAUAUUGGAAUCGGCAACGCAGAGUGGAGGUUCAACCGCCUCUUUAGGCUAGGCCGACUCUUUGAGUUCUUUGACCGGACUGAAACUCGAACAAACUUCCCCAACAUCUUCCGAAUUGGUAACCUUGUCCUUUACAUUAUCAUCAUCAUCCACUGGAACGCUUGCCUCUUCUUUGCCAUCUCCAAGACGCUCGGCUUUGGCUCAGACUCCUGGGUGUAUCCAGACCUAAAGAAACCGGAGUACGGUCGCCUGGCCAGGCAGUACAUCUACUGCUUUUACUGGUCCACUCUUACCCUGACCACUAUUGGUGAGACGCCACCCCCAGUCCGAGACGUUGAAUACUUUUUUGUGGUGGCUGACUUCCUCACUGGGGUUCUGAUCUUUGCCACGAUUGUAGGCAAUGUCGGUGCCAUGAUUUCCAACAUGAAUGCCGCACGUGUAGAGUUCCAGGCUAAGAUUGACUCUAUAAAGCAAUACAUGGAAUUUCGAAAGGUCACCAAAGACCUGGAGAUAAGAGUAGUGAAGUGGUUUGACUACCUGUGGACGGAGGAGAAAACCUGCGAUGAGAAGCUGGUGCUGAAGAACCUCCCAGACAAGCUAAAGGCUGAGAUAGCCAUCAACGUCCAUAUGGAGACCCUGAAAAAAGUACGCAUCUUUCAAGACUGUGAAGCGGGCUUGCUCAUUGAGUUGGUCCUUAAACUUCAGCCUCAAGUUUUCAGUCCUGGGGACUACAUCUGUAAGAAGGGGGACAUUGGCAGGGAAAUGUAUAUCAUCAAGGGAGGAAAGCUGGCUGUGGUAGCAGAUGAUGGGGUUACCCAGUUUGUGGUCCUCAGUGAUGGGGCAUACUUCGGAGAAAUCAGCAUCCUCGGUAUCAAGGGCAGUAAGGCGGGAAACCGAAGAACAGCCAACAUCCGAAGUGUGGGCUACUCCGAUCUGUUUGCCCUGUCAAAAGACGAUCUGAUGGAGGCACUCGUUGAAUAUCCGGAUGCAAAGACUCUGCUGGAGGACAAGGGAAAGGCCAUCCUGAUGAAAGAUAAUCUCAUAGAUGAGUCUCUGAUGUCUGUAAUUGACGCCAAAGACAUGGAGGAUAAAGUCAAUCGGAUUGAAGCCGGUAUGGACGUCAUGGCGGCCAAAUUUCGAAGGCUGACGGCCCAGUAUGAAUCUUCCCAGCGUAAACUCAAACAACGGCUCAGUAAUAUGUCGAACGAGGUCCGAACCCUCGGAGUAGACGAUGAGUAGAUCUUGGUCUUCUGAGGUCAUCCCACGGUACUGUAGGACUCUUUGUACACACCAAAUGGCAUAUGAACAGCAGCUGGACAGUGACCGUCUCCAUUCAUUAUUAUCACUACCGAGUAUCAAAAAACUGUCCGCAAUAGGGUAUCAGAUUCUCAGUCUUGUUUACAUCCUUUAAACAGUUGUUCUCGGAUCAUUUACUUUAUUUUGUACUGAUAUAUCCAGGCAUAGUUCUAUUACAGCUGUUUGUGAGUAACAAAAGGUGUCAAAAACCUUACCAAUUUGGUCUCGGAACUAAAAUUUGUGUCAUAUUUGCACCGGUUAUGUGAAGCCCUCACAUUGCAUUUCUGUGAUCAGUUACAAAGACAUCUGUCAAUGCUACAUGUAUAUUUAAGGCAAUCCACAAAAUGACCUGUAAUACCACUGUCACUUUGCCUAGAUCUUCAGUAAUAUGCACUUUUUCUUUGAUUACUCAUGUGAUUAAA